UCGAAAUGGGCGGUUUGAAGGUAGUUCGGGCGGUAUGUGUGCAGUGAUUAGGCCGGUGUAAUUUUAUUGAUGCAAGUUCAAUUAAUAAUAAUCGUUAUCUCGUGUGCUGUGAAUGUGUUACGAUAAAUUUUAGUGUGUGUGUGUGUUUGUGGAGCUUCCAAUUAUAGUGUGUGAAUUUCCAAAUCGUGUUUUGUUGUAAUUUCAUAAAGAAACGACUGUGAUCUCAAAGAUAGAUAGUUAUAAAUCUGACGGUACAGAUUUGAAAAUAUAUCUAAAGCGGACGAGUUUGGUAGUUAAUUUAUAUACGAAAAAAGAAUUCACGUCCUACACAACUAAAUCAUUUCUCGGAUUUAUCUGAUCAGCUGAAAUGUUUCGAAGUGCCGUGUGCAAACUGAAGUUCGUUUUGUGCGAGAUCAACGGAGUAGAAACUGAACAUGUUCCAGUAUGAUACGGACAAGGAGCAAACGCCAGGAUGUCGAAAAGGGACAAUUUCGAGCCGACUUGUGAUGGUGCCUCAUUAUGUUCGUGAGAACAACAUCUCAGUUAAGAUCCUGAACUCCCAUCCAUCGUGGCCAAGGCUGCGUGGGCUUCAGAGGGUUGCGUAUGUGCCGGGCGCUGUUUACGUAAGGGCAUAUACUUGGGAGUCAUUACAUCAGUUGUCGUGUUUCCUGCAAGAGUCCGCUGGAAGUUGUGCAGAUGAACUCCGCUGGCAGGUUCAGUUGUACGAUGAAUGUACUUCGGCGGAUGUUACGCGCGUCUCGACCAGAGGUGGCUUAUGAGAGUCAAGAUCAACUGUUAGAGUCGUCCAGUCCCCUGUUGCGUGGACACAGAAGGCGAUCCUCCUGAGGGCAGAGCCAUCAGCGCUUGACGGCAACGGCUGAGCUGCAGCAAGUUUCCCGGUUCACACCUGCCUUCAAAUCAUGGAAGUGAUUUGGAUCAGGACCACAGCUUUACUCAUUUUUCCUGGAUUUGACAUCUAUCCGUUGCAGAAUAUACGCUGCUCCUACCGGACAGUGUCGUCUUCCUGCGUUUCAUCACCUUGACGUUCAUUAUCGUUGCUAUGUUUGGUAGUGGAAUGGGCUGUUAUUGAACCAUCAGGUGUAGCGGUACAUUCG